UAAACAAACAAGCCAACCAUAAUGUCCCUGGGACUACUCGGAGCUUAUGUCUCCGGCAGUGAGACUGAAAGUGAAAGUGACCAAGAUCAGGAGUUGGAACCAAAGACUGAGCCGAAAUAUGAACCUUUGGAGGCUCUAAGCAAUCCUUUCGGAGCAGGAGGAGCCGCAGCAAUUAUUCCUAAACCGUCAUUCAUGCAAGAGCAGCAGCAGAGGGUGGCGGGGGUUAAGUGUGAUAAUUCAGUAUUUAGCAAUCCAUUCAGGGACAAGGAAGAGAAGAAGAAAGCCAUCCUGGAGCAGCACGUGAACAUGACAAAGAGGCAAGAGGAGAUGAAGAUGAUCGACGGGAAAAAGGUGUGCUGGAUGUACAGGAAGGGGAGGUGUAGGCAGGGGUCAAAGUGCUCCUUUGCGCAUGACAACGACGUAAAAACUGAUCGUGUUGUAGAGAUUAAAUACGAUGCUGAUUCCCAGAUCUCAAAUAAUAAAUCUGCUAAGGGAGCUGUGCAGCAGAUCCGACUGAACCCGGUCCAGGAGAGGGAUAUUUCUCCACCUAAAGAGGAUGAAAUGAUGGUUCGGAAGAAGCGUCCUGGGCUUAGCCAGGGUAUUGUCCCAAGCAAGAAGGCGAUGGCGUUCCACAACAAAGUUUACAACAAUCCGUAGUACCACCAAACAUUCAUAGGAUACGGACAAUACACUGGGGAGGGAUAAUUGUAAAAGCAUUAAAGGGACUGUAAGCGUGAUUUCAAAUGACACUCUAUUUCUAUUCUACGUUUGAUUCACAACGGUACCCUUCAAACAUUUUCCCGAGCGGAUAUUAAAGUUAUCUGCCUUAAAGUUGAUUAUUUUCAAAUUAUGGUUCUCUAUUUAAAUUACUUGCGGAUUUGUCCAAUGGGAGAGGAAGAGUCAGAAUGCUAAACGAUACCUUCCUCCUUGUUGCUCAGUUGGAGGUGUAAAGUGUACCGUUGUGAAUCGAGCAUGGUCCUCUUCAAACUGAAAGGCAUUUGAAAUUGCACGAAAGUUUCUUCAAGACUUGAAGAAUUUGUUUUUUUCUUAAACGCUGUUAUGUUAUUUUGUUGUUGAAGUUUGGCUAUAUUUUGAAUUAGGGGGAGGGCUGGGGAAUGGGAAUGCAAGUAUAUGGAAUGUGUAUGAAUUUGACUUGUUUUAAGCUUGUAGAAAUUUUGCAAACACUUAUUUUUAUUUUAGAAUAAA